CGUCGAGUAUCCGAUACUUACCAAGCUUUUGGCGCGAAAUCUCGUCACUCUCUGCACGCCCAUCGCAAUAUACACCACAACAAUAAUGCCUUCAAAACGACCACACAGCGAUACAGAUGGCGUCAAGCCAGACAAGAAGAAGCACAAGAAGGGCUUCCAAGUCGGACCGGCAAAUCUGCCUGACGGGACACAUAAGAGACAAGUGCAAAAGAUAAAAAACGACCUGAUCGCCAAAGCGAAGCUCAGGAAGCAGUACGCAAAGAUCCGAGAGCGGGAACUCGCCAACCAACCACCCAACCGUUACAUCCACAACACAGCCUCUGACAACAACGAGAACGACAGCAACAACGACGAACAAGCCGGUGCGCAGGACACCCACCACGAACCGGCCGCCGCAUCUUCAGAGCCUCAUCCAGAUCGCCAAAAGCUGCUGCUUGAAGAAGACGCCACCACCACCGAGCCACAAGACGACGACGCUUCAAAGCCGUCGUGGAAGCGACAGAAGCGGCCGAAACCAGUACCCUUCGCGCGCGAGGCCGAGCAGGCCCAGAAGAGGAAACAAGAGGCUGAAGAGCGGCGUCUAGCGAGGGAGGAGGCGGAGAAGGAGAGGCAGCGCAAGAUUGCGGAGCGUGAGCGGUUUAGGAGGGCUAUGGCCAAAGCGAGGACGGGAGGGCCGAACGGGCAGAGGAAGCUGGGGAGAGAGAGUCAGGUUUUGCUGGAGAAGGUUAAGAGGAUGGUGGAUGCUUGAAAUGGAGUGUUUCGACUUUUGUGUGCCAAAUGAUGUUUUGGCUUGGCGGCGGACUGGUUAAAGAAUUGGAUCGGAGUACGCGAUACUGAUGUCUACUGCUGGGAGACCUGUAUAGCUACGGACUCUGCGAACGACAGACAACUUUCUUUGCAUACAUAGUCCGCGUAUUUCCCGUCCUAUGCAUAGCGUAUUUUCCUACCAUAGACGUGGAUGCGACACGUAUUUUGAUACCCAGUAUACUGCAAACUAGCC